AUGGCACGCAGACGCCGUCGCAAGGCUCAGGCAGAAAAGAAGGCUUCUGGUGAAGAGAUGGGUGGAUCUACAGAAGACCAGCUUGAGGCCACGCCUUGGCCGUCGACGAUAUACACCAAGGAGGAACUGGAGCCGUACAAGAAAUUCCCUGUCCUCUAUGGAGAACGCAAGUUUGCCCGGGAAUUUCCAAAGGAAAAGCAGACUUUGAGCUUCACUGACGACCUACCCGCCGAGUUGCGGCUCAUGGUUUACGAGCGUGUCCCACUGCAUGUAUCGGGCGGCUUCCUCGAGCUUUGGAGCCCGGCAAUUUGGCACCAUGAGGCACGUUGGCGGUGGAGGGACUGGGCGGCGCUCUCGACGCCCUUGAAGAACACAUUCUGGCAGUAUGCUUCGAAGCGCAGGGCUCUGUCGCUCAUGAGACUGUGCAAGAAGAUGUACGGCGAGGUGGCACACAUGUUCUACACCAAACAGAACUUUCGCUUCACCAACCUCGACGGCGUCUUGAUGCUCGGCGCGUGGCUGCACACAAUCAACGCAGCCCAUUUCCGGUACUUGCGCCACGUCACGGUUCACGCUGCGCUGCACUACCGAGGGGACGGGAGCAUAGCGGAUUCUGGCCAGUGGAACGCCUUCCAGCAGCUGGUGGCGAGGCGGGGCAUGAAGUUCCCAUGCUUCAAGUACAGGCGCACGCCGAAAUACUAUGACGCCGGAAAGGUCGGCCAUGAAAGCACCGUCAACCGAGUCGUCUCGAUCCUCAAGUCCCUCCCGGACCUGCGCAGGCUCGAGGUCCUUUUCGAGUGGGACUCGCCCUUCAUCGGCUUCAACGACCGCCGGAUGGUAGACUGCUACCUAGGCUACCCGGAGCAGCUCGAGCCCGCCGCGGCCGUCAGACACGUUGUGGAGGACCAUUGUCGCGAUCCAACAUGGUGGCCGCUGCUGGCGGGGAUCAAGCGGGAGGCUGUGUCGCCCGACUUGAAGAUGGCCCUGGUGCUUCUCUAUGGCCCGAACGACGUCAGCACCUACGAGCUGGCAUCUCCGUACGUCGACGAGAAAAUGCGAGCGGGGAGAUGGCUGGGAGCUUAUGCCAAGAUCAUGGGCUACGACUUCGGGCAUGCGCGGUGGGAAAAGGGCGCGUACCAGGUCAGGUACGAUGCGAACGAGCUGCUCGCACGUCGUGAGAUCAAGGAGGACGAGGAGGGACCGUUCCUGCCAGAGCCUCCUGAAGUGCAGCACGGCGUGUACGCCCAGGCAGCCAAGCCGGGGGGCUCCAUAACAGACUGCCACGCUUUCGUCGAGGAAGAGCGUAGGCGGACGCGCCAGAACUGGUGGUGGUGGUGGUAG